GCCAUGACUUUCACCAACAUAUCUGAAUUCCACCUGCAGGGAUUUCCAGGACUCCAAGCGCAGUAUUAUGGAGCUGUGGGGAGCUUUUUGUUUUUUGUCUACUUGACACUGGCAGGAGGAAACAUCUUUAUAAUUUCAUUUAUUGCAUAUGACAGAAGCCUUCAGAAACCCACAUAUUUAAUCUUCUGUAAUCUUGCCAUGUCUGAUCUUGUUUUUGGAACUGUGACGCUGCCUACAGCAUUUUCAAAAUACCUUUUUAAUGUCAACACUAUAUUGUUUUAUAGCUGCUUUGUGCAAAUGUUUUUUGUUCAUUAUUUAGGGAGUGUUAAUUCUUUUAUUCUGCUAUUAAUGGCCAUUGAUCGAUUUGUUGCAGUGCGCAACCCACUUAGAUAUUGUGCGAUUAUAACAAAUAAAAACAUUUUAAUGGCAUGUGCAGUGAUUUGGACAAUGUUAAUAAUUUUGUUGGGGGUCACUACUUAUGAAACCUUUGAUGAACCCUACUGUGCUUCUAAUGUAAUAACCCAAAACUAUUGUGACCAAGGUUCAGUGAAAAAAUUAUCUUGUGGAAACUAUAAAGAAAAACAUCUGUAUAUAUUUGGAAGUGCCAUGUUUGUUCUUUUGGCCCCUUUGGCUUUUAUUAUUUUUUCUUUUGUUGCCAUCAUCACAUCGGUUUUUAAAAUCUCUAACAGUCAGGCACGAUAUAAAACAUUCUUAACCUGCACUCCACAGCUGCUUGUUAUCUUUCUGUACUAUGUUCCUAGAUGUUUUAUCUAUGCAUAUGAAUUAGUAGUGCCAAUACCACCUGCCAUUCGGAUGGUGCUAGUUAUGUGCUACAGUCUGUUGCCCCCUGUUGUCAAUCCAAUGAUAUACUGCUUCAGAACUAAAGAAAUCAAAGAUGCUUUAAGAAGGAAAAUGAGACACAAAGUCAGCAUGCAGGUCACAAUGCUUUGGAGCAGAACCUAAACUAUGCAAGCAGUUUGACUACAGUAGAGUGCUUUGUUUACAUCAUGCCCUGUUUAUACUGUAUAGUCUAUCCUUCUUAUUCUGUCUGUGAGUAUGAUUGUGGACCCUUCUA